GGACCUGAGGCUGGGCGGCGGGGGGAGGGGGCUGCCCCGCGCGAGGCCGUCGAUUCGCUCGCAGCUCCCCCGCGGCCUGGCCGGGGGGCGGUGUCUGCUGCGCCAGGUUCGCUGGCCGCACGUCUCCAGGUCCGCCUGUUCCUGGAGGCGGCGGCGGCGCCCGGGAGCCGGAGCCUUCGCGGCGCCCACGUUCCUCCCCCGCCGCACCCCGCCCCGGCGCGAGAGCCCCAGCCGCGGGCUGGCGGGCGAGCGGUGAAGAUGGCAGAGGCACCGGCCUCCCCGGCCCCGCUCUCUCCGCUUGAAGUGGAGCUGGACCCGGAGUUCGAGCCCCAGAGCCGGCCGCGUUCCUGUACGUGGCCCCUGCAAAGGCCGGAGCUCCAGGCGAGCCCUGCUAAGCCCUCGGGGGAGACAGCCGCCGACUCCAUGAUCCCCGAAGAGGAGGACGAUGAAGACGACGAGGAUGGCGGGGGCCGGGCCAGCUCGGCCAUGGCGAUCGGCGGUGGCGGGAGCGGCACCCUGGCCUCUGGGCUGCUCCUUGAGGACUCGGCCCGGCUGCUGGCACCGGGAGGGCAAGACCCCGGGUCUGGGCCAGCCCCUGUGGCGGGCGCGCUAAGCGGGGGGAUGCAGGCACCGCUGCAGCCUCAGCAGCCGCUGCCACCGCCGCAGCCAGGGGCGGCUGGGGGCUCCGGGCAGCCGAGGAAAUGCUCGUCGCGGCGGAACGCCUGGGGAAACCUGUCCUACGCGGACCUGAUCACCCGCGCCAUCGAGAGCUCGCCGGACAAACGGCUCACUCUGUCCCAGAUCUACGAGUGGAUGGUGCGCUGCGUGCCCUACUUCAAGGAUAAGGGCGACAGCAACAGCUCGGCCGGCUGGAAGAACUCCAUCCGGCACAACCUGUCACUGCAUAGUCGAUUCAUGCGAGUCCAGAAUGAGGGUACUGGCAAGAGCUCUUGGUGGAUCAUCAACCCUGACGGGGGGAAGAGCGGAAAGGCCCCCCGGCGGCGAGCAGUCUCCAUGGACAACAGCAACAAGUAUACCAAGAGCCGUGGCCGCGCAGCUAAGAAGAAGGCAGCCCUGCAGACAGCCCCUGAAUCAGCUGACGACAGUCCCUCCCAGCUCUCCAAGUCCUGGCAGCCCCACGACGCAGCAGUGAUGAGCUGGAUGCGUGGACAGACUUCCGUUCACGCACCAAUUCCAACGCCAGCACAGUCAGUGGCCGCCUGUCACCAAUCAUGGCGCACAGAGUUGGAUGAAGUCCAAGAUGACGAUGCGCCUCUCUCCCAUGCUCUACAGCAGCUCAGCCAGCCUGUCACCUUCAGUAAGCAAGCCUGCACAGUGGAACUGCCACGGCUGACUGAUAUGACAGGCACCAUGAAUCUGAAUGAUGGGUUGACUGAAAACCUCAUGGAUGACCUGCUGGAUAACAUCACGCUCCCGCCAUCCCAGCCAUCGCCCACUGGGGGGCUCAUGCAGCGGAGCUCUAGCUUCCCGUACACCACCAAGGGCUCAGGCCUGGGCUCCCCAACCAGCUCCUUUAACAGCACGGUGUUUGGACCUUCAUCUCUGAACUCGUUGCGCCAGUCUCCCAUGCAGACCAUCCAAGAGAACAAACCAGCUACCUUCUCUUCCAUGUCACACUAUGGUAACCAGACACUCCAAGACCUGCUCACUUCGGACUCACUUAGCCACAGCGAUGUCAUGAUGACACAGUCGGACCCCUUGAUGUCUCAGGCCAGCACCGCUGUGUCUGCCCAGAAUUCCCGCCGGAACGUGAUGCUUCGCAAUGACCCGAUGAUGUCCUUUGCUGCCCAGCCUAACCAGGGAAGUUUGGUCAAUCAGAACUUGCUCCACCACCAGCACCAAACCCAGGGCGCUCUUGGUGGCAGCCGUGCCUUGUCGAAUUCUGUCAGCAACAUGGGCUUGAGUGAGUCCAGCAGCCUUGGGUCAGCCAAACACCAGCAGCAGUCUCCUGUCAGCCAGUCUAUGCAAACCCUCUCGGACUCUCUCUCAGGCUCCUCCUUGUACUCAACUAGUGCAAACCUGCCCGUUAUGGGCCAUGAGAAGUUCCCCAGCGACUUGGACCUGGACAUGUUCAAUGGGAGCUUGGAAUGUGACAUGGAGUCCAUUAUCCGUAGUGAACUCAUGGAUGCUGAUGGGUUGGAUUUUAACUUUGAUUCCCUCAUCUCCACACAGAAUGUUGUUGGUUUGAACGUGGGGAACUUCACUGGUGCUAAGCAGGCCUCAUCUCAGAGCUGGGUGCCAGGCUGAAGGAUCACUGAGGAAGGGGAAGUGGGCAAAGCAGACCCUCAAACUGACACAAGUCCUACAGAGAAAACCCUUUGCCAAAUCUGCUCUCAGCAAGUGGACAGUGAUACCGUUUACAGCUUAACACCUUUGUGAAUCCCACGCCAUUUUCCUAACCCAGCAGAGACUGUUAAUGGCCCCUUACCCUGGGUGAAGCACUUACCCUUGGAACAGAACUCUAAAAAGUAUGCAAAAAUCUUCCUUGUACAGGGUGGUGAGCCGCCUGCCAGUGGAGGACAGCACCCCUCAGCACCACCCACCCCUGUUCAGAGCACACCGUGAGCCCCCGUCGGCCCUUCUGUGGUGGUUUAAUAUUGCGAUGGUUUAUGGGAUGUUUUAAGUGUUGUUCUUGUGUUUGUUUUCCUUUGACUUUCUGAAUUUUUCACAUGCAUUAACUUGUGGUAUUUUUCUGUUAAAAUGUUAACUGUCUUUCCCCUAGCAAAUUUUAAAACAGAAGGAAAAUGUUGUACCAGUUACCAUUCCAGCUUCGGGCAUCACAAGCUUUUGAACCCAUGGAACUCCAUAAACUAACACAUUACAUAAACUAGAGGGAGAUUUUCUUUCUUCUUUUGUUUGGUAGAAAAUUAUCCUUUUCUAAAAACUGAACAAUGGCACAAUUGUUUGCUACGCGCACCCGUCCAGGACCGAACCAUGCACAGGCAAAACGAGUGGCGCACAGUGUCCCGCUCAGUGUGUUUCCAAUUCUGAGGCCGGGUGGUCUGUGGACGAGACCCCAGCACCAGGUCUUCGGGUGCCAGAUCAGUAGGGCCUGUGAUCUCUAGUCCAUGUCCUCAGCUAGUGUGAGCAGUGUUGGUCUGUUGGUUAGAAACUAGGAUAUUUUCAGGAAAUAAAUCAGCUCAGCUCUCCACUGAUUGCCAAAUACCACUAAAGGGUUUAGUUUUAAGGAGAAAGAAAAAUAAAAAUAAAAAAAAGUAGUCCUGUUUUGCUUUGCAGAAGAAAUGAACGUAAAGGUGAGCAUUAAGCUUGCAGUGAGAAAUGUGUGAAGAGUAAAAAUCCAAGUCAGUGCUGAGGCAGUUCUAACUUCACUGAUUUCCUAACUAUACAUCCUUGAUUAUUUUCAGCCUUGCUAUGUAUAAUCUGAUCUGCUAGAAGUGUAUGAGUGAGAGGCAGUAGCAUACAAACUGAUUUUUUAAAUAUAAGCUUAGGUUGUAAUUGUACAAGUGACACAAUGGAAGUAUAAAAUAAGGCAGUUUUAACUUUUUUUUAUGCUUCUGCGGAUUUCAUUUUGUUGUGUUUUCAAAAAGUUAUGGUGCUGUAUAGGUGCUUUCUGUUUAACCUGGAAAGUGUGAUCAUAUUUGUUACCUUCUUUGGUGGAUGGAAUAGUUGGGACCACCUUUGGUACAUAUGAAGUUGGUGAUGAUGCUCUGAUCAGCACAGCAUAUGCAUACUUCUCCAAAGUGAUACAUGAAGACUCUUUUCUUUGCAUAAAAAGCAUUAUGCUUAUAAAUGUAUAAAUAUAUUUUAUCAUGUACAGUACAAAAAUGGAACCUUAUGCAUGGGCGUUAGGAAUACAGGCUAGUACUUCAGCACAGACUUCCCUGCUUGAGUUCUCGCUGAUGCUUGCACCAUGACAGUGGGCACCAACACAGACGUGCCACCCAACCCUCUGCACACACCACCAGGGGCCCCCUUGUGCGCCUUGGCUUUAUAACUCCUCUGGGGGUAAUAUUGGUGGUGAUCACAGCUCCUAGCAUCAUGAGAGUUCCAUUUGGUAUUGUCACACGUCUCCUGCCUCGCUUGGGUUGCCAUGUUUGAGCGAUGGCCCUGUUGAUUUCAUCCUGCCUUUUACUGAAUCUGUAAUUGUUGUGCAAUUGUGGUUAUAGUAGACCUGUAGCACAUUGCCUUUUAUAAACUGCUACAUGUUUAUAAUCUUCAUUUUUAAAGUAUGUAUAAUUUUUUAAAGUAUGUAUUCUAUUCAUAUGGUCUGCUCGUCAGUGAGCCAGACGUGCUUACUAUAUUCCUUUAGAAUAAUGCCAGCCACUUCCUGGAUUCUUUACUAGUGUGCUGUAUGCAAGAACUUUCCAGUAGCAGUGAAGGGGAGGGUUGCCUCUCCAAGCUUCCUAAGGGGUGCUGCCCUGGGUAGGGAUGCACUGCACAGGCAGUAGGAGCAUGGGGCUGCAUUGGGGAGUGUGCUGGGAAGGGGUGGGGGGAAUCUUACAUGCAAGGAGAAUUCCAGAGUCUUUCCAGCAUGAAAGUCCUGAGAACUUCUGUCCUGAGUUCAGAGAAUCAUGCAAAGUAACUAGCAAAAUACCUACCUGCCUUUGCAGUUUUACAGACCCUGGAAGCUGCUUUGGGAGCCGCUUUGAAGGCAACCCUCCAAUGUGUUUCAAUUUAAAAAUGUUCAAUUCUUUUCAGACAUGUGGUAUCUCAUUUAUUCCUUUUCUAAUGCUUGUUGGAUUUCAGGCAGAAUGUCUUACAGAAUGUCCUAGAACCAGAUUAUCAUUUAAUCCGGAACAGCUGAGGAAGGGACAGAGGAGGUACAAGGGCAAGGCAGCACAAAACAGUUUAGGAAAAUGAGGAGGGAAUGCUUUGGUUUUGUUUUGUUUUUUCUUUUUCAGUAACUAAAACAGCAUCCACAUGUAGAGUGUUAUGGAGAGCUGAGACCAAGGCAAAGUCAAGUGCAACAUCAGUACUGUGAGACCUGCCAGCCCCAAGAGAGGGUCAUCCAAGAAUCUGGUAGUGACGCCUGUCUAGGGUCCCGGCACCCUCACCCUCAGCCAGCUGCAGAGAUGCCAGCCCCCCAGAAACUAGCCCGGUUCUAAAGUGGUCAGGCUGGGCAGGGGUGUUACCUGAGCCCUAUGCCCCUUAUAUUGAGACCCUGCUUUCAGGAUGAGCCAACUGUUGGCCACCAUGUCACAUUCUGAGUGAGUGUCAUGGGUCCCGAACAAUAAUUUUCUGAUCUGGAGCAUCUCAGCAGAAUCCUUAGCCUCAAGGGGUCUGGCAGCUGUAAUGUUUGAUUUAUGAUGAGAACUAUCUGAGGCCACCCUCAGCCUCUAAAUAAGCUGCUGUAGGGAGCUGCCUACUUUUUGAUGGGAAUUUAGAAGAGGACCUAAUGUUGAAAACAUGACAUGCACUCUUGGGAUCUGCUGUUCUCUUCAGGGCUCCAGAACCUGUUACCUGUUACCAAAGCUAGGAAAGAGCUUUAUCACAAGCCUUCACUGUCCUGGCAUGAGAACUGGCCGCCAGGCUCAGUGUACCCAUUAACUGUGAAUGAAUCUCAGCUUGGUUUCCUUUUAUUGCAUCCUCUGCAAUAUAAUGACUGCUGAAACACAUUUUACAAGUUCAGAAGUUUGUCACUCCCGUAAAUGGGAAGAUCAUGCACACAUGUGUAGUACAAGGUGGACUCUGUGUUUGUUUUUGGUGUUGAUUUUUAGCAUUGUGUGUGUUGCUUCCCCACCCUGAGGAGAGGACACCAUGGCUUACUACUACUCAGGACAAGUAUGCCCCUCUCAGGGUGUGAUUUCAGGUGGCUUCCAAACUUGUAUGCAGUUUAAAGAUGGUAGGGACUGACUUUGCCUCUACCUAGUUAACCCCACUUAAAGAAUAAGGAGCAUUUUAAUCUCUUGAAAAAGACCAUGAAGAAUAAAGCAAUCAAAAAGAAGUCCUCUAUGUUGGUGCCAAGGGCUUGCAAGGGGAAAGAAAAAUGUUAUCCAUCCUCUCAAAGCAAAAAGGAAACCCCGACAGCUCUGAACUCUGGUUUUACUUUUCUUGCUGUAUUUGGGUGAACAUUGUAUGAUUAGGCAUAAUGUUUAAAAAAAUUUUUUUUUUGCAGGGGUAGAAAUGUAAUCAUCAGUAAAGAGGUAUGGAAAAGCCAGCCUCUCUUGGAGGCCAGGGAGGCAGAGAACUACUAGGGGAAGUGAAGUUCUGAUGGAAUCAUGCCUGUCAAACAAGAUCUUAAAGCAGAUGCCCAAAUAAAAGACUAUAUUAUAUUUGAUCUAAAUCUUGAGUGGGUAACAUUUUAUGCAGUUUAAAUGAACGGAAUAUUUUCUUCUUUAAUCUGUUUGUAUUUUUCUUUGAUGAAUGAUUGGUCAUGAGGCCUCUGCCACACUCCAGACAUAUGUGUGCGGCUGCUUUUAAAAACUGUGUCUGGUCACUUAUUUCUCUAAAAUUAUCUCAUUGCCUGGCAAUCAGUCUUCUCUUGUAUACUUGUCCUAGCACAUUAUGUACAUGGGAAAUGUAAACAAAUGUGAAGGAGGACCAGAAAAAUUAGUUAAUAUUUAAAAAAAUGUAUUGUGCAUUUUGGCUUCACAUGUUUAACUUUUUUUAAGAAAAAAGUUGCAUGAAUGGAAAAAAAAGUCUGUAUACAGUAUCUGUAAAAACUGUCUCAUUGGUUUCCAUUCCUUGCUCAUACCCCAUAUAAACUAGAACUAAAUAUGGUGCGUGGCCAUAUUUAAACACCUGAGAGUCAAGCAGUUCAGACUUUGGUUUGAAGCACCUCAUCCUGCUCUCAAUGCGAACACUAUCAUAUGGCAUUCUCACUGAGGAUUUUGUCUAACCAUAUGUUGCCAUGAAUUAACUCUGCCGCCUUUCUUCUCAAGGAUCAAAACCAGUUUGAUUUGGAAAUCUUCCCCUUUCCAAAUGAAAAUAGAGAUACAGUACUUACUUUCCUUGGUGUUUGUAGAUAUUGCCUUGUGUAUUCCAUUUAAAACCGUAAUCUAGUUUGUAAAAGAGAUGGUGACGCAUGUAAAUAAAGCAUCAGUGACACUC